AUGUCUAAUAGCAACACCAAGCGGGCACAGCGAAGGCAGGAAUGCCGUGAGGUCUUAGCAGACCACAUUUAUAAUCAGCUCGGCCUCACCGUUCCACCUAACCGUAUACGCCUUCAGCCUUCUGUGGAGGAUGGUUACGCAUGGUCUGUUUCCGAGGAGAAGAGACAUCUGCUCGAAACUACGCUAGGUCGAGGUACCGUGGGGCUCUAUCAAAAUAUCAUAGAUGAAAUAGGCAAAUCUAUUGAAGCCGUUGAUCCUCGAAUAUUCCAAAAAGACAGCACGAAUGAUGGUCAUGAUGAAAAGCGUCAGAAAACAAAAUUAGCCAAUAGCUCCGGGGGCUUUACGGAGAUCAUCCAGCGCCUAGAGCUAGAGAACAAAACACUGGUCGAACAUGUCCACAAUUAUAGCAUUGAAGCAGAAAAAUUUUUCAUUAAAGAGCAAGAGCUGCAGACGCGGCUUUCGAGCAUACAGACUGAAGCCGAAGCAUACCGGCAGACGAUUAAAAAGCUUGAAAUGGAGUUGGAUGACGUCACGAAUAAUAUUGUCGAAGCUGUCAAGAUCCUGAAAGCAAGCCGAAAUGACUUGCAGAAGGAAAAUUCUACAGAGAGAUUUUCGGAUACGACUUUAACAAAUGGAUGUACAUCUUAA